GAGUAAUCCAUCUGAUAUAGUGCUCAGUCCGUCAUGCCUCAGCUCAUGCUACAUGCAACGUCACGGAAGAGUACGAAAGAUAGAUUCGAUAUAGUGUAGACACAAGCCAUGUCCGAUGCGCAAACCCGUCUCCGGCAGUUUACAACGCGCGCAGCCAAUACGAGCCAGAUCGAGCAACAUGCUCGCGCAUCUUAUGCUGUUUGGGCCAAAGGGAAGAGCUGGGAGGAAUUCUGGGGAAUCUUUCAGUGGGAGCUGAAUGAUGCUCAAUGGGGUAAAGAUGCGCUUGUGACUUGGGUACUCAUACGAACAGAUGAUCCAGAAGGUGAAAUUUAUGCAGGUUGCAAGACGUAUCGAAGGAAGGGUUGGGUCAAGCACCGUGGAGCAAACGAUAUCGAACCGGGCUUUGUAUACGACGUUACAUUCGUCGUAACUCCUAAACAGCAUCUCCGAAACGGCUACGCUAAUCGACUUUUAAGCGUACUUCAUCGCCAUCUUGCCCCUUCAUCAACUAUUCCACCCAUCCCAGAGGCUUGGGACAAAGACCAACUAUCCAUAUCGGCCUCUCCGGAUAUCAUCGCUCGUACUCCCAAGGCUUUUGGAUCUAUCCUCUGGUCAGAUAUUGGCUCGACCUAUUACGCUCGUUGCGCCAUCAGCCCAGAUAGACCUGGCUGGAUAGUAGAUGACUCGCAGAAUGGCGAACUGGUAUGGAAGAUCCUCCCUCCUAAAGAUGACGCCGAAGAGGGUUUCGAAUGGCUUUACCUUGAAGACUUGGACGCUAUCGGCGAGGAGCUGUCCGACCGCUUGAAGGAGAAGCUAAGACAGGCAGAUACUACCGAGAGAGCCCUCUUUAUCCAAGACCCAGCAACGCCCGGUACAUUAUCCUACGUCCCUGCCAAAGGCGUUAGAUUAAGCCCCACAUCUCAACGCAUCCCUGUGGGUCUUCGUAUCAAGUCCUCAUCAGGGAACGCCUCCGAAGAUGCUAUCGUCCUCAUUACCGUUACCUGUAUUCCAUUCGGAGAACGAUUUUUGAUCACUUUCAUAUCUAAUCUGACGCCAGCCCAGCUGCCUCUGGUCCUUCGAGCGUGCGAUAAGCUUGCAGCGGAUGCUGGGCACGAAGAAGGUUGGGUGUGGGGUGUUAAUGGAGAGGUUGGACUUGUAAAGGCUUGGAAUGAGGAACCCGGGAGAGAAGUUAAAGUUGGAAGAAGACCAGAGCAACAUGGUCAUUUACUUGCUGUUGCAUGGUAUGGAGCUGAAGAGGAGAAGGGGACGAUAAUGGAAUCGCAGAUCUGGAGCUGGGGAUAGACGCAUAAGACGCCAUUGUCAUACGUAGACUCUACAUUCCUUAUGCCCCACAUUACGUACUUGUUUGGCAGGGCAUAUUGUAUGCAUGCGAUGUUUCUCG